AGCGAAUCGGUUGCCAUGGACGCGGCUGCGGCGGCGAACAGCUGCGGCGGCGAACAAGGACUGGCAAGGAGGUGCCGGAAGAGGGCACAGCAAUGGGUGAGGAGCCGGGCGACAGCGCCAGCGCCAGGAGGUGGUGGCUUAUUGGGGAGGACAGGUUGCUGACGGACGAGGAGAUCGAUGCCAUGAUGCCGAGCGACGAGGAGAUGGCGGCCAUCGCCGAGCAGCGUCGGCGCGACAAUGAGGACCUCAGGCCCGAGGACAUCGCUGCGGUGCGGAGGCUCAUCGCCCUCCACCGCGACCCUCGGGCCACCGACGAGGAAGUCCUACGAGCCAAGCAAGAGAUACCGAGAGAGGUAAGGAGAGCACGAGGGAUGAGGGCCGAGGGCAGAAGAGACGCAGAGAGAAGUCGGGCUCAGCUGUCACAGCAACGCCAAAAGGUGGGAUGCUCUGCUGCAUGUAUUCCUUCCAGGUGCUCCGCAUCGCGCUCAACGGGCUGGAGCCACACGAGAUUGAGGAGCUCGAGCAGGCAAUUGUGCGGAACUGCCGCUGUGUCGCCUGUAAGUAGAGAGAGAUGGAGAAGGCAUAAAAGACGUGACACUCGACGACAUACUUUCCCUUCUUCCCUUUGUCUGUCUUCCCCAGCCAACAUCGCUGCUGAGCGAGGCGUCCCUCUGCCCAGUUUGUUUCCGCCGCCCCAAAACGUGAAACGCUUUCAGUGA